AUGGUUAAUUUAAGAAGAGCUAUUGGUAUAACUGGAACAAAACCUGGAAAUAUGUCCACCUCAGUUAGAGAAAUUUAUAACAGAGAAAUAGUUGAAAAUCCAGAAGGUGCAACAAACUACACCUAUUUACAAUCACAAAUGUGUGUAAAAAAAAUGCGUCGGCGCCGCCAUCCCAACAAUCCAUCUACAGUCGAAGAACUGAUUGAUACCUUAAGCCAGCAUCAAAACUCAGCAUAUGGAACAACAAUGCAGAAUCCGUCUUCAAAUUUUUUUCAACAACAUUUACUGUUUAUGGUAGAAGGCGAACGGGUUGGCGUCAUAUUCUCAAAUUUAGAUGCUAUUCAAAAAUAUAGAGAAGAACUGCUAACUGUAACCUUUGCAGGAAUUGACGGCACAUUUAAAACGGUACCAAAAAGUCCACCACAGCUAACCAAAGGCUGUUUAUUAACAUUUCAAGUGGUUCUAAAAAAUGUAUCUUUUCCGAUGGUUUAUGCGCUGACUUCCCGAAUGACUCAAGCUACAUACGAGUCAUUCUUGAGGAUUGUUCGUGAGGGGGUUAAAAAUGCAGUAGAAUCAACCUUUCCUGAAAGCAGAUUUCAGGGUUGUUGGUUCCAUUACUGUCAAGCUAUUGUAAGGUAUUGUAGAAGAAGUCUAAAUAGUAUUUAG